AUGGGCAAGUCUCAGUCCAAGCUGUCACCCUCACAACUCGAGGAGUUGCAGAAGUCGACCCACUUUGAUAAGAAGGAGCUUCAGCAAUGGUAUAAAGGCUUCCUCAAGGACUGCCCGUCGGGCACCCUCACCAAGGAAGAGUUCCAGAAGAUCUACCGUCAAUUCUUCCCUUUCGGUGAUCCAUCCUCAUUUGCAAAUUAUGUCUUUCGGGUAUUCGACUCGGACAACAGCGGCAUGAUUGAUUUUAAGGAAUUCAUCUGCGCUCUCUCGGUCACAUCACGCGGGAAAAUGGAGGACAAGCUGGACUGGGCCUUCCAACUGUACGAUAUCGACGGAGACGGCAAGAUCACUUAUGACGAGAUGCUGGCCAUCGUGGAGGCAAUUUACAAAAUGGUGGGCUCCAUGGUCAAGCUUCCCGAGGACGAAGACACACCAGAGAAGCGAGUGCGCAAGAUUUUCCGAAUGAUGGACAAGGAUGAGAAUGGCAGCCUGGACAUCGAGGAAUUCAAGGAGGGCAGCAAGCGCGAUGAGACCAUCGUCAGCGCCUUGUCCUUGUACGACGGUCUGGUGUAG